GUCAAGCUCCCUGCCGACUGGUCCUGACGCUCCCUGGAAAUUUGUGUGGAUCCCGUACAACAUCAUGUUAAAAAUGAUGCAUUUUUAUUUGCAGUAAGAUGCACAGUGCAUUCAGUUAACCUUUUGCCUGUACUGAAUACAGGGGAGGCUCAGAAGGGAGCAUAUCUGGGAAGUCUCCGCAAAAGUGUCGGAAAAGUACCGUAAUGGAUAUCAAGAAGCAAGCGAUCAAUACCAGUGUGGUGGGACGCCAUCUGCAGUGUGCCUUCUGCAGCUACCAGUGCAAAAGCAACGGCACCUACCAAAUCCAUGUUGGUACCUUUCACCCAGUGCACUGUGAGGAGAUGGAUCUUGGGCGACUGGGUAAGAUAAUUUUCUACCAGAGGAGUGCUAAGCUCUUCCACUGCCAGACGUGUUUCUUCACUGGGAAAACCUUUGCUCGUGUGUACGAUCAUGUCAUUGUGAGCCAUUGCUUUGCCGGCAAAAGUAAACGGAGUGAGGAGGGAGAACCUAAAGACUAUCUUAGCGACAGUAAUGACAGCAAGGAUGUCCUUGAUCACAAUGAGGAAGAAAAACUGGGAAUAAGCCACAAUGAGCAGUUCGAUUCAGUAGCUGUGGAUGCAGAGUACAGCGAAGCCCCUGCAAAGUUUACUUCCCUGGACAGUGCCAAGACUGAGGAGGAAGAGGGUACUGAUGAAGACUUCCGUUACUCGGUCUCCCCCAGUCACACUUUAAAAAGGAAGAGGGAGGUGGGUAGUGAUGAAGAGCCCACCCUUGAUGAUGAUGACUUUCCAGACUAUUCUCCCUCCAAGGAGGAACAUGAGGGGGCGAGACCUGAAUCGAGAGCCGAUAAGGCAGAGCUCUCUAAGUACUUCCGCCGCAAUGGUGGUCGCUACUAUUGCAACAUCUGCAACUGGCGUGUUAAGAUGAAGGGCUUCAUGCUCCAUCAUGUCAGCAAGAAGCACGACAUCCCCAAGCCGUAUGUCUGCAAGGAGUGUAACAAGUCUUUCCUCCUUGAGAGUAUCCUGAACAGUCACAUUAGCAUGUUCCACAAGCAGGGCAUCUACCAGUGCCCCUACUGCUCCUUCAAGACCAACUUCUUGCGUGGCAUACGCAGACACCUCAAUCACUGCAGCUCCAGCAGGGGGGAAGGGGAGGUAUCAGACAGCGAUGAGCCCUUAGAUGAUCAGGACUAGCUUGCAGCUCAGAUACCGCCACCUCAGUGUGGCAGCUGCUUGAGUUCCCACCUUCACAGAUGUUAUCAGCCUCUCGAAGGCCCACGUUUGUUCACUCAGCUGCAGCCCUAGGGGUGACCGUUAAGGCUGGUAAACCAUUUCUUGAGGUGAAGAAAAUUUACUUGGUCUGUGAGCAAAG